UUUAACUUUUACUUGUUGUAACUAAAAGAAGUUUCGUUCAGUUUUUUCUCUCUUACUUUUAGCUGACAAUGUCGAUCGGUCGGGGGUCACGCUCAACAACCCCACCAACCAAAACCAUAGUUAUAUUCAGAAACGGAGAUGCUUUUUACCCCGGCCGCCGGUUUGUCGUCAAUCAACGUCAAUCAUCAACAUUUGACAGCUUUCUGAACACCGUCACGCGAGUUAUCACGGCCCCUUUUGGGGCAGUGCGAAACAUUUACACCCUUAAAGAAGGUCAAAGGGUGGUGGAUUUGGAGCAACUGGUACAUGGAGAGAUAUAUGUGGCAGCCGGAACAGAGAAGUUAAAAAAGCUCGACUAUCAUCACAUAACAACACAGAAACCUGAAAAGAAGAAGAGUGAACUGAUCCGACCUGUAGUUCACAGCAGAAUAAUUGUCCCAGCUCGCUGGAAGAGAAUCAGUAAUGAGCCGUGCACCAUCAAUGUUUUCACAAAUGGAGAGAUCUUGGCUCCACCAGCACGGGUGCUGAUACCAAAACACACACUGGCCAGCUGGGAAAACGUAUUGGCCAUGGUGACCGAGAAAGUUCACCUUCGCACUGGAGCUGUACAUGGACUGUGCACGCUGAAUGGGAAACGUUUACUUGGGGCGUGUGAGCUGCAGAGCAGUCACUAUUAUGUUGCUGUUGGGGCAGAGAGGUUUCAGCAUUUGCCAUAUUAUCAGCUGGUUCCGAGCAAAGGAGUAAUCCAUGACCUGACUAACGUGAUCACUGGUGACAUUCUUCCAGCACUAAAAAGAGGAAAACAGGACCGAGAAUCAUUUGCAAAACCAGAAGUGGACAACGACUCAGUUUUUUAUGCCAGAAGUUCGGAUCAAGCCAGACAGCCCAGGCAGGCUUCUAAAAUCCCAGGCCUCUUCAGUACAGCGGAGAAAAGUGUCUUCAAAGCCACCAAUAAAAGAAAAGAGACAGUAACAGCAUCUGAGGUCCUAGAAGAUGAAACUAUUAAGGUGGAUCUCCCCAUAGAGCAGAUUAAAGCUGAAGAGGUUGAGGAGGAGCAGUUCUUCCAUAAAGACUCCCAACUAGAACUUGAUGGGGUCUUCACAAACCAUCCAAAUUCAAGAUCAGCCCUUUCUGGAAGUCAUAAGAUCUCAGAGCACGCAUCAUGUGUGGAGGAAUCAGAAGGAGAAUCCCAACUCAACAGUCAUGGAGACAGCAGAAAUAAGACAUUAACUCAACCAGAACCGGUGGUAUAAAACUCUCGGCGUGCGACCACACCUGAUUUAAUUUGAUAAACAAAGCACAAGUCUUUGAUUCCCCCUCCUUUCUUUUCACACGAUAGAUGCGGUCAUAAGGAAGGAGGCGGCACUCUGCUUUAUUUGCCUGCGCUCUAACCCCGGAAAAUUAGUCAAUUUAGAUACGGCACUUAUUGUGGUCCAAUAGUCCUUGACUCGCUAUUGUGUGAAUCUUAUAACGUUGAUGAACACGCACAAUAGCGCUUUGGAAUAUUACAAUGCCUUGCAAUUUCACAGUGCUUGGAAACCGGAAGAUAUCAAGUCUUAUUUAAACAAUCAAUAACAUGCAGCAUUCCGUUUAAUGAAAACUAUAAUUCCAGACAAAGGCAAUUACACCACUGGGUAUUGUUUUGGUGCCGGGAUUUUUGCUGUAGUCUGCAUUUCCGUAAUAAAGAUAUUCUUAUCGUAAUAAUUAUUGACUGGGGAGUGCGGUUAUUGCCUUGUUAAGGACCUCAUCAAUAGUAUAAUUCAUUUCUUAUCACAUUUAGUCAUGUUUGGAGAUUGCCACAUCAGAGGAUGCUAUAGAUCUUAGGAAUGGACCGUGUGUAAUAGACAGUGGUAAUUCUCCCCAGUCCAACCUCAGCUAAUUGGCAGAAUCAUCAUCACCUCUCAAAACAUGAUUUGAUUUACCACGGAAAAUUUUAUGACUUUCCUGGUCUCGGUACUAAAGACGCGGAAGUGCUAAUCUUGCAGGACUCGCUCAGAAGGACCAAGUAACAUUAACCAUUAUCCGUGUUCCUCAGCACUCAACAAUGUCCAAUAAAUAUCCUCAUGUUGAAAGCUUGUAUUGCCAAUAGCACAUGUA